AUGGCAUUGAAGGUGAUAUUUGCAAGAUACAUGCCACACCUGAGUAUGGUUCUAGCACAGAUAAGUUAUACAAUUCUUUAUUUCCUCGUGGAAGCUUCAUUCAAUGAAGGGCUAAAUCCCCAUGUUUAUAUAACUUAUCGGUACAUCUUCGCCGGCUUGGCGAUGUCACCGUUCGCAUACUUCCUCGAAAGAAAAUCAAGGCCAAAGAUGACACUUGCGCUGUUUUUGGAGAUAUUUUUGCUCUCUCUCAUAGGAGUCGGAUUAACGAUGAACAUGUACUUUGCAAGCUUGAGGUACACUUCACCAACAUUCGUUGCAUCUGCGGUCAACACUAUUUCUUCUUUGACCUUCGUCAUAGCCAUCAUUCUGAGGAUGGAGGUUGUGGAUGUACGGAGCCCCCGUGGAUUGGGUGAAGUUGCCGGAACUUUAACAUCAUUGGCGGGGGUCAGCAUCAUCACUUUGUACAAAGGAGCUGAAUUUCGGAGCUUGAGGGCUGCUCCGGUUCACCUGAAAAGGGUUUCUUCUGUUCAUGAGAAUUGGGUUAAAGGUUCGAUCUUGACUGUUGCUAGCUGUAUCUCAUGGGCUCUGUGGUACAUUCUUCAGGCUGUUGCUUUGAAGAAAUAUCCUGCUCAACUGUCACUAACGUGCUGGAUCAACUGUAUCGGGGCGGUGCAAUCUGCUGUCUACGCAGUGUUUGUAGAGCACAGACCGACAGCAUGGACGAUCAAGAUGUUCAGUAUCCAAUUCUGGGCCGUUACAUAUUCUGGAAUUGUAUGCUCUGAUAUUUGUAUCUUCCUCCAGCUCUGGUGCAUGAAAAGGAAAGGUCCAGUCUUUGUCACAGUAUUUACUCCCCUUUCAGCAGUUAUGGUUGCUUUCUCUGCGUACUUUAUUCUGGGUGAAAAACUACAAGUCGGCAGCAUCCUUGGUGGAGCAAUUGCCAUUAUCGGUUUAUACUUGCUUCUGUGGGGGAAGGAAAAAGAUCAGACUAACAUCAAGACUCAAGACCAACAGCAAUCUUCUUCACAUUGUGAUGUUGUGGUGAAGGUACCGGAGGAGGGUUCGGAUUCUCGAGAAAAGGAAAUACAAAAGCAGUCAAGGGAAGCAUUUACAUUAACAUGGUGA